GGCACACCCGACGCAUCAGCAUCCCGGAGUGCGUCGAGUUCGACAUCACGACAAACGCAUGUCGCGGCUACUGCGAGUCGUGGGCAGUACCUUCCGCCUGGCAGACACUGCUCUAUAACCCUCACCAGGUUGUCACCUCCAUAGGCCAGUGUUGUAACAUCAUGGAUACUGAAGAUGUCAAGGUGCGAGUAAUGUGCAUAGAGGGACCAAGAGAGCUGAUCUUCAAGUCGGCCAGCGCCUGUGAUUGCUUCCACUGCAAGAAAUAUUAGGCCGAGGGCGGCCGAGAAGUAGCAGCAGCGGCCGAGGAGCCGCAGCAACAGCGUGGGGGGGCGCGGACGGAGGAGGAGGAAUAGAUGACUGGAGCGACCAGGAACAGCCAGGAACAACAGGAGCAAAGACAACCUUUUAAGGAGCAGCGUAACAAAACGGGAACAGCGAAUUAACAGAGAAACAGCUAAGGGGAAAAAAACAUGGCAAAAAAAGUCAGAAACCUAGAAAUGCCGAGGAACGCACAAACAGCUAUGAACAGUAAGACUAUAGUGAAGAACAACGCGGGAACAGCGCCUGGAAAAACACGAGAAGGCCGCGGAACAUAGGAACAGCCAUGAACAACACAGGAACAGCUUUGAACAACGAUGAACACCACAGAAACAGCCAAGAACAAUGAUGAACAACACUGAAACAGCCAUGAACAAUGAUGAACAACACAGAAACAGCCAUAAACAACCCGGAAACAACAAUAGCAGUUGAACAAAAUCAGCGAAAGCAACAAAGAUGCAGAUAAAGGAGUAGAGAACAAUGAAGAACACGAGGAAACGAAUGAAGAUAUUAAAACAUACAUACGGCAGGAACAAGGAGCAAAGCACAAGGAAGGAACAGGGCCGGAGAGACCAAUGGAGACCAGAAGAGAGAAACGCCAAGAAAAUAUCACAGCCCCCACCGUCACCCACACACUGUACAUCUCAUUCACUCAUAAAACAAAAGAUAUAUAUAUAUAUA